UAAUAAAACGGGAUUAGACUUUUGCGAAUUUUUUUAAUAUAAUCCACUGAAAUAUUCCCAUUUGUCAAAAAGAUCCUUUUGCAUGCAAUUAUUCAUCAUAACUUCUGAAUCACACCCUAAAAAGAUAAGAAGAAUAGCGUGUGGUUUGCAACAAACCCAUACUUGGCAAUCAAUGUAUAGUGAAAAUAUAUAAUCAAGUUUAAUAUUCCGUCUAUUAUUCCUCUAAAAUUUACGCUGCGAAUACACAAUAAAAGUGUAACAUUCGAAUCGACGGAAAUUAUACUAAUUUAUUUCUUCUUUUUAAUAUUUUCAUCGAACCUUAAUGUGUGUACAUACAUAUGUGGUUACGUUAUACCCUUAAAUACAAAGCAGUUGCUUAAUUCGAAGACUAUUUACUUAACUCUGCUAUAUAAUAAAAAUAUCAAUUUGGAUCGAAGAAAUCUAUAAAGAUUAAGUCGGUCGUAUCGUUACAUACUUCCAUAAUUGAAACAAAUUCAAUAUCUUAAAGUAUAUUGAACGGAAAUGCGACCAGCUAUACAACCUGGUAUACGCGUAGUACGAGGACCAAAUUGGAUAUGGCAAAAUCAAGACAACGGAGAAGGUCACGUUGGCACUGUCUGUGAGAUUGGGCGCUCUGGAUCGACACACUCACCAGAAAAUACAGUUGUAGUCAAUUGGGAUUCUGGACACCGAACAAAYUAUCGUGUUGGUUACCAAAAUCAAUACGAUUUGAUUAUCGUUGAUAACGCCCAAGUUGGCGUACGUCAUUCGAAUGUGGUUUGUGAUGGCUGCUCAAAGCCCGGCAUAGCUGGCAUUGUUUUUAAAUGCGCUCAGUGCUCUAACUACCAUCUCUGUGCUAAUUGCUACGGCGCUGAUCUGCACGAUACGGAUCAUACAUUUAUACGUUACACAACACCUACGUCACUUGGUGUUCGUCUGCCUCCAAGAAAGAAUUCCAAACGCAUUCAACUAAAAGGUAUAUUCAUUGGAGCCAAAGUUGUACGUGGCCCUGAUUGGGAGUGGGGCCAACAGGACGGUGGUGAAGGCAAAACCGGGCGUGUUAUGGAAAUUCGUGGUUGGGACAAUGAGUCUUGUAGAAGUGUAGCAAAUGUUUCUUGGGUCACUGGUUCAACGAAUGUCUAUCGCUUAGGUCACAAGGGUAACGUCGACCUAAAGUGUACUUUUCCGUCAAUUGGAGGUUAUUAUUACAAAGACCAUAUGCCUGUGUUGGGACAACCUGAAGAGCAACAGCCUGUGGUGCCUACUGGGAAACCAUCAUUCUCAGUCGGUGAUCGCGUAAAGGUGUGUCUUGAUGUUGAUGCCUUGAUGAAACUGCAACAAGGUCAUGGUGGAUGGAACCCCCGAAUGGUAGAACAGUUACCAAAAUUGGGCGCCGUCCAUCGCAUUACCGAAAAGGGUGACAUACGAGUACAAUACGAUAAUUGUCCUAAUCGUUGGACAUUUCAUCCGGCUGCACUGGUCAAGGUUAUAUCUUUUCGCGUUGGCGAUCUGGUGACUAUUAUAAACGAUGCGAACAAAGUGCAGCAGCUGCAAAAAGGACAUGGUGAAUGGAUUGAUCUUAUGCGUUAUGCUUUGGGAAAGCGAUGUAAAGUGAUAAAAGUGUAUUCGGAUGGCGACUUGCGUAUUCAACAACUCGAUGAUGGAUUCGAAUGGACACUAAACCCGAAGUGCGUACAUUUAGAACGAUCACCUUUGGCUACGGCGGCAGAACGAUCAAAUAGUAUGAUGGAUCUGAGCCAUAGGCGCAUUGAUCAUGUAAUGACACCGCUAUCGGGCCUGUCUGGCACUUCUGUUGCCGAUAAGUUGGUGCGUGAGGCGGCUCAAGGUCAUUUAGAUUUUGUAAAACAAUACUUGGACGCCCAUCCGGAACAAGUGAAUGUGAUGAGUGGAGGCAAAGCUUGUGUACAAGUGGCUGCCCAUCAGGGUUAUGUUGAUUUAGUUAAAUAUCUUAUAGCCAAAGGUGCCAAUGUGAAUGUUGUAGACAAAGAGGGCGAUUCUGCACUUCAUUAUGCUGCCUUCGGUAAUCAACCCGAAACUAUGCGGGUUUUACUACAAAAUGGAGCUGAUAUAAAUUUUCUCAAUUCGAGUCAUUGCUCAGCAUUGCAUAUAUGCGCACACAAGAAGACGCCACACUGUGUCCGUGAACUACUGCAAUUUGGAGCCGAUGUGAAUAUUCAAGAUUCGUAUGGUGAUACGGCUUUACAUGAUGCCAUCGGCAAGGAAAACUCCGAAGUGGUAGAACUGCUUUGUAAUGCGCCAAACUUAGAUUUUUUCAUAAAAAAUAAUCGCGGAUUUAAUGUGCUGCAUCAUGCUUCGCUUAAGGGCAACGUUGUGGCGGCUAAACGCAUACUGCAGCUGGCACGACAACUAGUCAAUGUUAAAAAGGAUGAUGGCUUUGCCGCUCUGCAUUUAGCCGCUCUUAAUGGUCAUGCGCGYGUUGUUGAAACACUGGUAAUGGAGGGGCUUGCAGAGAUUGAUAUACGAAAUAACCGACGCCAAACUCCAUUUCUCUUGGCAGUUUCUCAAGGGCAUGCGUCUGUAAUUGAACGUCUUGUUUCGCUCCGUUGCGAUAUUAUGGCUCGUGAUGAAGAUGGCGACAAUGCGAUGCACUUGUGUGUUAUUAAGAAAACUAAUUUGCAACAGGCGGCCGAACCGUCUGGAGAAGACUCACCAAAAAUACGGUCUAUAUAUGAUAAUCUUUCACACAUCCUCGAUGAUCGUCUCAUGUAUUCAAUUCUAUGUUACUUGUCAUCUUGUGGCUGCCGUGUGGAACAAAACAAUAAGGGCACCAACAUUUUCGAUUGGAUUACAAAUAAAGAUAUGAAACAGCUGAUUUUGAGAUAUCAAUGUCAAAUAGGUGCCACAGCAUCGUCAUCGUCAACGACUAACGAAGCAGCAACCUUAAAUUCGGCUGGUGAGAUGGAAAACAAUAUUCAGGCACUUAAUUUGAAUACAGAUAAUGAUGGUGCAACAGCUGGAGCUUCUGCAACAGUAGUGCAUAGCAACAAUGCUGCUGAUAUCAUCACAGAUGUUUUGCAACCGAAUACUUUUAAUCAGAUACCAACGCCUCAUAGCAGUACUCCAACUCAUCAUGUUGAAAACUCAACUGACGAACCAGCAGGCGCAAAGAAGCUGAACUCCGAUCGACAAGCUCAGACUAAUCCAAUAGUUGGCAGCAACAAUAUGUUGGACGCUCAACAGUACGUACACAUGACGCCGAUUCCUUCUACUUCAGGUGUCACACAGUUAACUGGGAAUCGCAAAGUAUCGCGUAAUCGUAUCGAAGGAGCUGCUGCGCCCAAAGCAAGUCCCAAAGCGACACCUCCACCGCCACCACCCACUAAUGUGCCCUUCCACAUUGGUCCACAGGAGUGCAUAGUUUGUGAUGAAAAGUUACAGUUAAUUAAAUUCGAGCCGUGCCAACAUCAAAUUUCUUGCGAAGAAUGUGGCCUGCGUAUGAAGAAGUGCCUGCGGUGCGGCGUUCAAAUUGAGCGACGCAUUGCUGCCGGUGGGCGUGUUGUAUUCAGUUCUGAUCAGACGCGUGUACCUUCAGCAGAUCGUUUGCGAUAUCUGGAAAACAAAAUACAGGAAUAUGAGGAGACACACUACUGCAGCAUUUGUAUGGAACGUACUCGUGAUGUCGCCUUUCUGUGUGGUCAUGGUGCGUGCUCACGUUGUGCGGAAACUUUACGCACCUGUCAUAUGUGUCGCAAAACCAUUCUUAGAAAAAUAAACUUAUAUUAGAAAAGCUUCAAGCAACCUGGUAACGUAUAUAUCAGUGCGAGCGGAGGAAGCUGAUAUUCUUUACAAGCUUGUAAAUUGUAAAUAAAAAGGAAGAGGAAAAUAUGAACAGCAUAUAUCCAGUGUUUAUACUAACUGAUCGAUUAAAAUGUUGAGAAUAUCAACGAAAGUCAAUACUAAGGUGACGAUAAUAAACGUUAGUACUAUAUGUUCACGAUUAUGUUUAUGACUACGGAGAAAACCACGAUUAUGAUUAUUAUUUAUUUCGAAUAUGCAUACUUGCACAUACGUAGUCAUAUGUACAAACAUGCAUAAAUUUUAGAUAUGUGUUCUUAUUGUAACAUAUGUAUGUAUUUAUUAACAUAUUUCAUUAUGCUGCAAUUUCAGUUGUAUUCAUUAUUAUUUUACGAAUUCAGCAUAACGUUAAAUAAACAUACACUYACAUCCCUACACCCAUAAACACAUGCAUAUAAAAAUUAGUGAUCGUUUGCAUGGUUCUAUAAGACCAAAUGUUUGUAAAUUGAAUUAAUACUUUAAAAAAUUGAAACAUGUAAAACUACUCUUCAGAUCAUACAUUAGUGUCCACUUAUACCAAAAUUAAAUGUAUUAUAAAUAAAUAUACAAAAAUCGGUAAAUUUA